CCCCUCCCAUUAGACAAUAAGUUUUUAUAACGUGUCCUUGGAAUGAGGUGUCCCAAAGUCACGCAAGAUGUCACGUAAUCGUUUGAUAGUUUAUUUCUGGUGAUGAUGUUUGUUGUAAGACUUUGAUGGUUCAUGAAUGCUAUAUUGCCCACUGCUUGGUUAUGUAUAGGGUUCUGACAACCGCUAGUAUUGACAUUCGGACUUUAAUUAACCUCCUUCACUAUCAGUCACAGUCAUGGAAUUUCAGAAAACGAGGGUCGAAACAAGUUAACUCGGCAAAAUGUCAAAAUAAUCUCCGUAUAUUAAUUCCGGGUUUCAGUUUCGAACGAACAACGUAGAUUUAUACCGUUUGGGCGGUCAGUGUUCUUGGGAAAAACUAGAAAACCGAAAUAAUUGUAUCUGGCCUAAAAGAGAUGUAAGAAUACUACCUUGGUUUUGUAUCCAAACUGCUUGCCUGUUUUUGUUUUAGCCAUUGUGAACAAAGCUAUGCUUUUCAGUGUCGUCUUGGUUAACUGCGGCUACAAAAUAGCGCCAUGUGCAAAACGUUUUGUUUUCCGUGUUGAAAUCGAUAGUGUUUUAUUUAGUUCUGCCAUGUGUAUACGUAACGACUUGAAAGCGAUAGAAAAUGAAACAAAAAUAUAGUGUACUCGCAUCUUUAAGCAGUUGAACCUAGCUUCAGCAGUACAACUUUUACUUAAAAUCAAGAAUCAAAAUUCUCUGGAACUGCGGCUGACACAAUGUGUUCAAGGGAAGCAAAGUGUCGCGAAACACCGUGGAAAGCGAAGUCAUUAGCCGAGCGCAGCAAAUGCAUGUGGAACAACUCUUUCCUUGCUGAUGUCGAAUUUUCGUUUCCAGAGUCAUCGAGUGACAACAAAUGUGUCGUUGUACCGGCUCACAGCUACAUCCUCGCUAUAAGUAGCCCGGUAUUCUUGAACAUGUUAACAGGAGACUCGAGGAAUCGAAAAACGACUGUUCACAUCGCUGACUGCGAUCCGGAGAUUUUCCAAGUCUUCCUUCGUUAUCUUUACAGCGAAGAACUGGAACUUACCGUGGAUUGUUUACAAGAUUUGGUACUUUUAGCCUCAAAGUAUUCUGUUGCUAGCUUGGUUGAGAAAUGUCUGCAAUUCAUGAAGGAUAAUUUGAAUACUUCCAAUGUUUUCGUCGUGUUACAGUGCUCGGAGCUGCUUAAAGACAAAGCUUUGCUGAAACGGUGUUGGGAUAUCGUGGAUUUGCAAACGAAUGAAGUUAUUAAAUCCGACAGAUUUUUCAAUCUCGAUGAAGAUUUCAUGUUAAAGUUUCUACAAAGAGACUCUCUUGUAGUUAGGGAAAUAGAACUGUUCAGAGCAUUUUACCACUGGAUUGCUCUUCAGAGUAGAAAGCAAGACGGAAAUUCGUCACUUCAGGAACCCGAGGAAGGGAAGUUCGUAUACUCGCGACUCGUAAAUCAUAUUCGCUUUCCAGUCAUGUCACGAAGAGAUUUUGCCGAGACUGUUCCACAAACGAACCUUCUCUCUAAAGACGAUGUCAUAAACAUGUUUUCGUUUUUUUCCUCUGUGCCUGACGUUGAUGUUAGUUUUUCAAAGAAACCGAGAGCAGGCACAUUAAAACACUGUCGCUUAUUUCCCGAAACCCGCAAGUGGUUUAUGUAUUCAGGAUCCUGCCCGGAAUAUUUGACAUUUUCAGUGAAUUCGUCAAUUUCUCUUUAUGGCGUUCGAAUGUUUGGUUGCGAAAGUGGGAAAUAUUCUGUGUGCCUGGAAAUCUUUGCUCAGACUGAACCUACGAAACUUUUAGCAGCCAGGAACGGGAUUUAUGAAUGCGACAGCGAAAUGAAAGAUGGCUACUUCGGGUUUGAUUUUGUUUUAGAAAAACUGUGUGAGCUGAAGGCAAACACGCGGUACACAAUCAAAGUCUUGCUAGACGGCCCUCCUUCGUCUUAUGGUUGUCAUGGUUAUUCGGUAGUGGAAUGCGGAGGCGUAACAUUCAGUUUUUCUCGAGAUAACUGCCCGAUAUUUUCGCGAUUCCGGGCCGGACAAUUCGCUGAAGUUAUUUUUCUGAAGUAAUAAUUCUAUAGAACUAGAUUGGAAAAAAUAAACAAGUCGCUAAGGUCCGCUAACGAUUCUACAGUUUCACUUUCAGAUCUCCACUCAGUUUUGGAGAUCUCAAAAUGACAGUCUAACAUUAGAACAUAGGUCAGACUCUGUUAAGAGUAAAAUGUGAGAUUCAAUAUAAAAUUUUAUUGGGAUA